GUUGAGCUGUUGGCCAAACCAUUCGCCCCUUUCCCGGUUGCCAUCUUGUAUCCCGGGGCCCGUAUCAUGAUGUCACCCCUGGCUGUGCUGGCGCUGCUGGCCUUGGCCACCUCCGCCCACGGCUUUGCCGUCUCCGUCGAUGCGCACGAGAAGCAGUGCUUCUUCGAGGAUGUCAAGAGCGGCACCAAGAUGGGCCUCACCUUCCAGGUGGCCGAUGGCGGCUUUCUCGACAUUGAUGUCACGAUUACCGGGCCAGACGAAAAGGAGGUUUAUGCGGGUCGCCGCGAAAGUGAUGGCAAAUACACCUUCUCUGCUCACAUGGAUGGGCGUUACAAAUACUGCUUCAGCAACGAGAUGUCGAGUGUGACCAACAAGCUUGUGGUCUUUUCCAUGUACGUCGAAGGUCAGGAAGGCAUCAAGGACACGCUGGGCGACGAAGCCGAGAUCCACGACAACCUGCACGAGAUGAUCCAAGAGCUAGCCGAGCAGGUGGUCACGGUGCGCCGUGAACAGGAAUAUAUGGUGAUUCGGGAGCGCACGCAUCGCAUGAUUAACGACAGCACCAACUCUCGCGUGGUGUACUGGGCCUUUUUUGAGGCGCUGAUCCUCGUGCUCAUGUCCGUGGGCCAGGUGUACUACCUGCACCGGUUCUUUGAAGUGCGCCACACCGUCUAGUUUGCAGCGUCGGUCACCCCUCACCAAAAAGUGACAAACAAGGCAAAAGAGUCGCCCUCGCGCCACAACCCGGGUGCUGCGCCUCCUGUUCUCUCGUUUUGUUCCCUCUUGCUAGUGUCUUCGUCUUGUAUGUUUCUUUCUCUGUCUUUUCUUUUCCCCUCUCCUCCCUCCUCUCUCCCUCUCUCUCCCUCUCUCUUGGAUCUUUGUUUCCCCUCUCUCCCACUGGACUCGAGCCCGCGGACGACUCCACCAAGUGGGGGCGGGGACGGCCCCGAACCGUGAGCAAGCACUUCGUGUGCAUACACGCGAUCUCCCUGCUUAUGACCCUGAAGCAAGUGUUGGAGCCAGCCUUGGGUCGUGCAGCGCACG